UACUUACAAAUCUGCGAACUACUGCUCUGAGGUUGCUCUUUCUUCUUCUGAAACUGAUGAAACUGUCUUUCUAUGGGAUAUCAAGACAAAUGCCGUGCUUGCUACCUAUAAGCAAAGUGGUGGAACUUCAAAACAUGGACUAUCUCUCCUCGGUAAAUCCUACUUUGUGUGCUCGCAGAAGACUAAAAAUAAUAUCAGACAUUAUACCUGGCUAAAUGAUACUCCACGCGAAAAAAGCACAACUGUGGAAAAUUGUUCUGUUAUUGUCGGUACUAAAGAUGGUUCUCUUUUUCUGGGCGGGUCAACUUCAGGAAAGAUUUACGUUUGGGAAACCUCUACCGGGAACCUACUAAAUGUUCUUACUGCACAUUACAGCAAGAUUUCUUGCUUGAAGUUUAGCGAUGACAGAUCUUUUUUAAUAUCUUGCGGAGAGGAUGGCAUCGUUAGCGUUUGGAAUUUAUCCAGACUAAUUUCUCAAGAAAAUGCUAAAGCCAUACAUACUUUUUCGGGCCAUGCUUUACCGAUUACAGAUAUCUACGUGGGCUAUGGACUUGAACAAGCCCGAAUUACUACCGUUUCUCUCGAUCGGAGCUGCAAAAUGUGGGAGCUAACUACAGAAAGUCUUCUCUUUUCUCUUAUAUAUCCCUGCGCUCUCUGUGCGGUAGUUCUGGAUCCUGCAGAAUCUCUUCUUUUUGUCGGCGGCACUGAUGGGAAAAUUUUCCAAUCCAUCCUCUACUCGGACUUGUUUGUUACUCGCACUCGUUCCUACGAAAGUGGGCUCCCCACGGAAGAUAAGAUCGAGGAGUUGGUCUAUCACGGACACAGCCAAGCAGUAACAUGUUUAUCUCUUUCCCUGGACGCUUCUCUGCUAGUUUCCGCCUCGGAAGACGGAACGUUGAUCGUGUGGGACGUGCAAUGCAGGCAACAACUGAGAACUUUCAACAAACACGGAGGCUUUUUUUUUAAUACAAUUUUUUUUUUCUUUGCUAAAACUUUUUUCCUGGCAGGCCCCGUCACAAAUCUACUACUUCUCACUAAACCAACAACUUUAUUCACAGAGAAGUUUGACUACUGCGUGCCGCCAAUUUCCCCAUUGAACCGCUAUAAAAGUGCUAUGGCGGCGUCCGUGCCUGUCGUAAUUCCCCCCUUCAGAUCUUCUUUCUACGUUGACGACGGCGCUAAUAAGGGUCUACUUCCGGCCAUCCGACCUUCCUUUCUGGACGACUCGGACGAGACAAAGAGGAAUCUCCAGGAAAAAAUACUCUCACUUUCCGCCAAAACCGACUCUCUUGAGACCGAACUAGCACGUGUCAAGUCGUUGAACUCUGAGCUGUUUGCAAGGCUCCUCAGAUCUGGCGGAUGUCCGAUCUGAGAGCCGUGAAGACACUCUAUUUGUUUUUCUCC